ACAAAAAAACCACAUUACUCUAAUUUGCAUUUUCACAACAGCAAAAACCAACAAAAGUCUAAUCUAAACCUCCCCUCCCCCCAAAAAAACCAGAGGAUAAUCUUACAACUUGGAUACUUAAUGUCUGUAAUUACAAGAUAAACUCAAUCAACAUUCAUCAUUAUCAUCAACCUGGCAUUGAAACUCCUCUCUCUUCUGGUCAUUGUGGAAAGCAGAUUUCCAAAGUGAGAGGAGUAACACAUUGCACUGAUUGGAUGAAGAAGGGUGACAGACUAAACACUUAUUCACCAGAAAACUGAUAGUUGAUCUGAUAAACCAGAGCUAGACGACAUUGGGGGCAAGACAUUGAUACUGGCAGGUAUGAGUGACAUCAAGAGUAACCUUCUCUAGUUGAGUCUAAGUAUUUAUCAUGGGAAAUUCUGUCUUGCAAUCAGAAAGGGACAAUGCAGAGAGCUUCAGAUGCGACAGUCUCAUAUAUGGAGUCUCAAUCCAAUCAAUGAUAAGUUGAGGGUUGUCACGCCACUUGCUGGUAAAGAAUGACUACUUAUCAACUGAUUGCUGGACUCUAUUCACUCACAUGGCCAUGUGCAGUUGUUUUUGGCAUCCUAGAGUGGAGUCAAAGUGAGAAUGGGCAGGAUGAAGGGCUGGGCAUUAUAAGCACUCCAACAGGUACAUCAACCUGCUGGCUCCUCUACCAAGUAACACAGAGUGGAAGAAAGCUGUUUGCUGCCAAGUACAGCAUGUAUCAAGUAUCAAUCAUCACCAUCUUCAUCUCCCUCAUCUCUGUAACCAACCAACUCAGUUAAGCUGUCAGGUCAAUUGGUCACUUAUUUAGAUUUGUGUGGCAUCUAAUUUGCAUACCGGUCUGAUUCUUAGUGAAUGACAUUCCUGGAGCUAGGCCAUGCCUUUUAAUUAUGUAAUGGCAUACUUGAGCCCAAGAGGGUGUGUUGCCUUAUAAUACCAACUCACGGUUGUGGGGUUCAUUCCUGCACCAACCACCAUGGCAUGAAGACCUUUUUUAAGUCAUUUCGUUUUUGUUCCUGAAUGUUCCGUGUCGUUGGGGGUUAUAGUUAUGCCCCAUGGGUCGUCUUGUCGUCUGUUGCAACUCGUCUCUGGAUUUUCUGGCUUUUCUUUAUGAUGCUUUGCCAACCUCUGACUAGUUCCAUGCUCGAAACUUGAUCCGGGAUCGACGUUGAGUCGUCACACAGAACACCUGAAGGUAUGGGUUGGAAAGUUUAAUUGCUAAUAUUUUCAUUGUAUAAAUUGUGAUUGUGAGGUGUUCAUGAGUUGUUUUUUCAAUGUGCAACUUUUAGUAUGAAUUUGCUAGGUCACUCUAUACUUGACAUUUCAUAGUUAUUUGAAACAUUCCCAUUUUUUCCUGAAAAAUCUGGGUCUAUUUUAUUUGACAGGUGUUCUUCUUGCCCCAUAUUUUUGGUAGCUUUGUAUUUCUGACCAACAAUUCAUAAAUUGACUUUAGAUUAUAGGUUCGUUCUAUUGGAAGCUUUACUCGAAACUAGAGCAAGUUCCAAAACACCUGCCGUGUUAGGAUACAAUUGUGACUCUUGCAAUUUUCUUUAGAAUGAGGUUUGAGACACAUAAACUGAAUUCUGAUGUGAUAAAGAAUUCUUAUUCAUUAAACCUCCGAUUCAAACAAUCCCUUUUGAGUUAGUCUUUGCGAAUGAUUGUUUUGUUUGUGACACAACCGUGUUUAGCAGUACUACCACGGGAUACUCCUACUCCCUCCUGCUUGCACUCCUUCCUUACAUCUCCAUCCAUCCAUCUAAUGGAUUAUUUCCCAAAUUCCCCUUCACACCAGGUUGCUCAGAUCACCUGUUCCUCCAGUCCGUCCCCACCAAAUUCAGUUGAGGCCAUUCAGAUCCAACAAGCACCCUUACAGGAAUCACAUGAUCAAAACGGUCAAAUUUGAAACUGAACAAGUUACGGUGAACAGGUCCACUAGGAAUACUCAUUCUAUCUGCAAAACUUGUAAUUACAGUUCAGAGGCAUGAGUAACAACAUGCAACAUUAAGAUUUUAUGCAUUUACUUCCUUAGUAUCUUUCAUUUUUAAAUCUUUCAGUUUACAGAUUCUGUAAAGGGAAAGAAAACAAAUUUCUUAAAUGUGCAUGUGGGUUGAUAGUCUGCAAAAGUAGCCGAAAGGAUAGCUAUCUAAGUGCACACCCGUUCUGUUUAUAAUGGGGGGGAAGCUCAGUAUAAUGAUUAAACUUCAAUACCACAACUGCCCCAGCUGCUUCUGUCAACAGUGAAGGAUCUCCUUGACUUCUUUUAUCUCAAGGUAACAUCUUUUUUUUUUUACCUUAUCAGUAAUACUGGUGUUUGAGCGGUCAGAUACCCUAUAACAAGGUAUAAUAAUUCACAGACCCAGGCAAACAGUACGAUUAGCAAUUCAUAAAUUAUGGUCUAGCGAUCCGGUGUAGCGAUCAAAUAUCAUGUGAAGUGUGGCCGUACGAUAACAACUCCUCAGGCGAGGAAGAGAUCACCUUUAUUUCCCGGUCAGAAAAAGCCCUAUCGGUACCUGUCCUUAUCCAAACAAGGUGGAAAUCAAGCUAGGAAUUCAGAGAGAAGCAAAUUCUAUCACCGUCAUGAAACACGGUGACUUGUGAGUGGUAAAAUAUGAAAUUCCAAAGGACCUCAGUGCCAAGAAAUACAAUUGCUGUCUCCUCGUGAAAAACAAGUUGAUUGCAAACCUGUCAUGACUCACAUCAACCAUCAGUGGCUUCAGUGCUCUGAAUUACCACUCCCAAUCCAACUAAAUUGGCUCCUUAUCAAAAGCGAGAAUCAAUCAAUAUAUUUGCAUAUUGAUCCAGUAGCAUGUAUUAGGAUUAAAUAUUGAUGCUGUACUUAGGGCUAAUGGAUGAUUUAGAGAUGUACCUCACUGGCCAUGUAAAUACUUGGUCUCGUUUCCUCAUGGCAUUCUGAGCAACAAAUAAAGGACAAAAACAUAGGAAAAGACGCAUUUUAAAAAAUGCUACUUUUGUUUUAACGGUCAAUUGGGAAUUAUUUUUAAAUGCUGAAGGUACUAACGCAUACGGUAUCACACGGCAUCAAAGAAGGAUUUUGGAAAUUUCAAACGAAUCUUUUGAGAGAAACAAAAUUACGGGUGACAAACUAGUAUCUGUAUAAUUGAUUUUUGUUUGGUUUUGCUUGCCACCCACCAAGUCCCCCACGAAGCAAAGAGAAAAACUCCACAUGAGAAGUGACAGCAGAAACAAACUGCAACUCUGAAUGGAAUGUGUGCAUUCACAAGUACUUGAGAGUGCAGAGAGGUCUAUAGGAACGGCAGGUGAAAUUCUCAGAGGACCAUCUUCACUGAGACAAACACACUAAAAUCACAUCAGCGUGGUGUGCAAAUGACGGUAUACUGAUCCUUGCAUUAUCAGGAGAAUUACGACUGUAUUACAUCCUGAGACUCCGAGCAUCGGCCAUCCAUUUUUGUCUCAAGUACCAUACUGAGGUGACAUUUUUGCUUGUACAAGAGGGAUGAACCACAAGUGUUGCCUUUUAACAACCACAUCAUCAUGCUUGAGCACUUCAAGAGGACUACAUAUGGAAUAAAUAGCAGCGAAUAUUGUUUAAGUCGUCACCAGAGAAUUGGAAAAGUUUUUUUUAUCAAGUUAAAAACCUGACAUUAAACGGAUAAAAUCCAAAACUUCUCCCUUUUAGACUCCAAGGUUCACUUAUUUUCUCAACGAGAUAAACAGAAACAAUGAGGGUAAGCAUGAAGCGGUGCACACUGAUUGUAAUCGGAGUGCUUAAUGGUGUCAUCAUAUUUUUCAACUAUCGUGCCAUGAGUGAAGAAUCUCGACAGAGGUCAACAGAUUUCAUCCGCAGCAAGUUUGACUUUGUGAAGAAAUAUGUGCAUCCCCAGGACCGAGACAACAAUAAUUAUGCCAAGGAUGAGCAGAAACGCAAACAGCCACUGGUAUGGAAUGAUAUUCAAGGCAUCCACAAGGCAUUACCAGCUUAUGGGAAGAUGAGGAGAGUCCUGUCCAACCUCCACGAUUACAAGCGCUAUUUCUAUCGCGAGUCGGUGUACUUUAACAUUAAUGGUGAAAUGCUGCAGUAUAAGUCGGUUCCACAUGUUGGUGACAGUUACCACCUGAGGGCAUUAUUUGCUGACGUACUGCAGACAAAUCGAAGCCUAAGAAUUGGGGUGAUUGGGGGUGCUCUGUCUUAUCAUAACGUCUGUCUGCAGAAGUCUUGUCUUUACAUCGACAUUGUUGCAAACUGGUUGAUGAAGAUACUUGACACCGAGGUCACAGUUCACAAUGCCGCCAUAGGUACAACAAACAGUGACUAUUUUGCCUGGUGUCUCCAACCUCAUUUAGACGUAGAGAACAUGGAUAUCAUCAUAUGGGAACUAGCUACUGAGGAUUACGUCAACCGUGAUGUAUACUUCAAGCACGGACUAACAAAUGCCGCUUGGCCACAGGAAGAAAUUACUCGUAGAAUCCUAGCUCUCCCAAACAAACCAUACCUCAUGUAUUUCAAUUUCUUGUCGACAGCCAACAUUCGGCAACGAGAGUGUGUCAAUUCUGAGUAUUUCGCCGGUCGUCAUCUGGCUAAGCAUUACAAUGUGACUUCCAUUAGCUGGUGCAACGCAAUUUGUACCAAACUCUGGAAACCCGGCUUCACCCCAGAUGACCUGAUCUUUGCUGAUAACCUGUUGAGUAAAAGGGCCCACCACCAGGGGGCGCUGUUCAUCAUUCACUAUUUCCGCAACAUCCUGGAGGAGGUGACAGAGAACUUUCUAAAUCAGACACAAUAUAACAAAAGAUACAUCAAGCAUCUCAUUGCACUGCAUGAUGACUUUGUUCAGAACACCUACGGAUUGGGUUCUCAACCUAUCAAGACUAUCAAGUCCAAAACUCAUUCUAACAACAUCACAGCUAAGUUUUCUCACGUGCAACUAAAGGACCCUCAAUGCUGGCCGAUAUCUAAGCCUCAAUUUGAAAGUAAUCACAGUCUGGAAAUCACAAUGAAUGAAGGUUGGGAGAUUGGCUACUCAUACAAUGACAACUGGUACUUGAGCACUGAACCCAACCAACGCAUCACCUUCAAAAUAAGCAUUCCUCCAAAUUGGAAGAAUCUCAACGCAACAAUUGCCAUCGCCCUUGUUACUUGUAAUUACUGUGGACAAGCCCUGGUCUGGCUAAAUGACCUAUUUGGAGGUGCCAAACUUGUCAGUGGAAAUGACAAGAUACAUCAGUUUGCUGUGCGUGAGAUUUUCACCAAUGUUCCCCCUGCUAGCUACUCAGUGACCAUUAAGAGCAUGGAAGAACGACCAGUCAAGAUUGGUGCUGUCAUGACAUCUUACGAAGAGCCCAGAAACAGGACCCUGCUGAUCAAAAGAAACAGUGAACAGUUUGGAGGGCCAAGAAUGUGGAAUAAACUCAAAGGACCAGCACUGUAAUUUAUGUGGAGUUUAGGACAAAAGAAUUGUCUUGACCAUUUAGCGUCCUAAAAUGACGUUGAGCGUCAUUUCCUAAAUCAAGAUUUUACAGAGUUCUAAAUACCUAAAUCAGAAACAAUACAAACGAGGUACAACACCUGAAAUGUAGAAAAAAUUUUUGUCUCACAGAUAAGAUACUCCAAAUAAAACUCUGACAAAAGAAGCGUCAAAGAUACACAAAAUGAAACUAUAAAUAAGAAACUGACCAAAAAUAUUCAAUUUGAAUAAAAUAUUAGGGAAUUGAUUGCAAAGAUAUCAAACUUGCCAACAAUUCAUUAAAACUAUCUUUCUUAAAUUUUACCUUUGUUCUGUCCCAUCAAGCAUUGUCAAACGUCUCUUUCUCAUCUAUGUACCAGUACUUUGUACAGUAAUCAUGCUUCCCACCAUGAGAAGGACAUUCAUGCAGACUUCUUGCCGUCUGCUGUCAAUUUGUGUUAAAGCUUGACAAAUUCAAACGGACAAGAUGUGCUGAAUAUGUUGGAAACUGAGACUGUGCCAUGCUUCUUGUCAUUUAUGUGAAUUCUUCAACUGAAAGUAAUUUGUCAGAUACUAAUGUGAUAGAGGCGUCUACUAGGAGAGAAAGUAGUUGUGAUGGCGCCUGAAUCUGGUAUUUUUAUCUUUGGCUUCUGAUUUUUUUUGUACCUUUGAUAAAAGUGAAAAUCUGGAACAAGAGAAAAAAAACCGCACUGAAUUUGAACACAGCGUGACCCAGAUACAUGGCCUGCUGUAGGUUCUUAUGGUAAUAAGUGGGUCAUAAUGAUAUCCAUGGAUGACACUCCAUCCUACAUACAUGUAGGCCUACACAACCAACACCCGCCUUAGCACUGAAAAGAAAACCUCAACUCCCAAAAAUUAUAAGGCAACCCAAACCUAGGGGGACAGUUAUGGUGUUUUAUACUUGUUUUUACAUGUGUAUGCUUAAACAUAUUAUCUUUACACAUAUAUAUAACUUGGAACAGUCCAGUCCAAACCAUGGUCGUAAUCAGUUAGGUCAAGCCAGAUGUUGGAUAAGACCUCUAUAAUGUGAAUGUUUCAAACUCAGAUGAGUUACUGAUCUGGCCUAACCACUUCCUGCCGGGCCCA